CUUUGCUGCCGCACCUCAACGACUGGUACGGUAGUUGGUCCGGUCCCUUUCUCGGAAGCUGCUGCCGCCCAGAGAAGAUGAACGUUGGCUGCGAUGGGGUUGUAAGAAAACCGGCCUUCGGCGGGCAAGGGGGGUGGAGGGGAUAAGUAAUUGCCGCUUAACCUUUUCCUGGCGACAGCUGUGAUCUCCCGGGCUAUUGGCUGCUACAGGCACUUACCUUUAGACUGCCGGGCUAACGGGGUCAAUUGGAUGCUGCUCAGCCCUGUUCCUUCCUUCAGUGGAUGGCCGGUUGGUCGUGGUGUUAAUCGUUCUCUCCUCACCCCCGCCCCUCCUCUAAGUCUCCAGGCGAGGAGGGAAGAGAUCAGCGCCAUCAACCAAGACGGAAAGAAAUCCAGACAGUUUAUUUCUUCCAGAAUGGCUUGUUCUAGAACUUGCUCAGGAGAAAAUGGAGAACAGGCCACUUCUCAGAAUAACAGUGGUGAUAAUGAGAGGCAAUGGCAGCAGGAACGCCUCAACAGAGAGGAAGCUUAUUAUCAAUUCAUUAAUGCGCUUAGUGAUGAAGACUACAGAUUAAUGAGGGAUCGCAACCUUCUUGGGACUCCAGGGGAAAUAACAGCAGAUGAGCUGCAGCAACGUUUGCAAAGUGCAAAGGAAAAUCAGUCAUCCCAAUCUGAGCCAGAAAAUAGAGAAUGGGAAGAUUCAGAGACGCUUGGGGAAAACAUAACCAGCAACUCUUUGCUUGAGUGGCUGAACACAUUUCAUCAUACAGGAAAUUCCACCCAUAGUGGCCAGAGUGGAAACCAGAGUUGGAGAGCUGUAAGCCAGGCAAACCCAAGUAGUGGAGAAUUCCGAUUUAGUCUUGAAAUAAAUAUAAACCACGAACAGAACAAUGAUAUUACUCCUGGGGAACAACUGAAUGAGCUCUUACAUGGCCAUUCCAGUAGAAUGCAUACGGAAAAUAGACCAGUAAUUGCAAAUAGCCCAGUAGCCAGCCGAACUAGGAGCAGGACAUUAGCUAAUUCUGUUGGCCAUGGAUUUGUCUCAUCAGGAAUUGGAAACGCUAGUGGUUUGCUGACUCAGAAUGCUGAAGAAAAUUCUCGAUUCUUCUCUGGUAGACUUGGAGCUAGAAGUUCGGCAAGUUCAACACCUAACAGCCUUUUAGACGACAAUGAACACAACAUCAUUAGACAAAGGAGAACACAGAGAGUGACUCCAGUAAGAUAUCACAGAGGGAGAGCUAGAACUCGAAGAAGUUCAAGGCAAAGAACGGAGGUUUUAAGAUUAAGAUCAACUUUUAGAGGCCAAUUCCAAUCUCUUUUGGAAAAUGGGCAACCAGUCAAUAUACAACAAAUACAUGCAGGAGCUAAUAGGGCGCACACAACCCAACCUUCUACAGAACAAACUGAGGAACAAGCAUCAUCACUGGGUGUAACUCUGGAAGAGGAAGAAUCUGUAAGAGCCGCAGCUGCAUCUAGAAGGCAUCCUAGUAUUACAUUAGAUCUUCAGGUGAGGAGAAUUCGUCCCAGAGAAAAUAGAGACCGUGACAGUAUUGCUUCUAGAACUCGUUCAAGAGCAGGCAUGGCAGACAACUUGGUGACUCUCGAAAGUGAUAACGAAGGAUUUAUUCAGAACGUUUCACGGUCUGAAUAUGCAGGAAUACGGACAUACGUUAACACUAUACGGAUACCUCUUCAUAGGGCAUCAGAUACUGGACUCGGUGAAUCUUCAUCGGUGGCUGUCCGAUCAAUUUUAAGGCAAAUUAUGACUGGAUUUGGAGAGCUAAGCUCCUUAAUGGAUACAGAAACAGGUUCUGAAACUGAGAGGAAUAGUCAGCACUUGUCGGAAGUUCAGCCUCCAGUGCCUAACUUGGACACUUUAAAUAAUAUUGAUGUAUUUAAUACAACUUCGCCUGGGGAUAGAUUAACUGAACAAGGUAGCAGGGAAAGGCAGGGAGAAACAAAUUCUAUCCAACACCAUCAAAAUAAUAAUACCCCAAAUAGCAGAGCUUCAUUUGUUGAUGGAACACUUCCCAUCCUUCGCCUUGUACCUUACCUUUUAUUAGAAGAAGAUUCCAGUGACAACUUGAGAGGGUUGACCAAAGACCAGAUUGAUAAUCUUUCUACGCGGAAUUAUGAGAAUCCCCAUUCAGAAGAUGAUGAAAUAAGUAAGAUGUGUAGCGUGUGCAUUAAUGAAUAUGUUGUAGGAAACAAGCUAAGGCAAUUACCAUGCAUGCAUGAAUUCCAUUUUCAUUGUAUUGAUCGGUGGCUUUCUGAAAAUUCCACUUGCCCAAUUUGUCGGCAACCUGUAGUAACUUAAUAUAGCAGGCAGUAGAUGAAUCAUCAAAUCCAGAGGCCUCUUUUUUUUUUAUUUUACUGACUUUGAAUAAUAAGAGAGGAUGUUUUAGAUAUGUUUAAAGUAGGAGAAAGGAGCCUAACUUUCCAAGUACAGAUAUAAGAGGUAUAAGAGUAAAUAUUCAAAUGACCUUAAUGAAAUUAUAUUUUUCUAUAUAAUUUUGUUAUGCAUAGCACUUGUGUAAUUCGGGAGCUUAUGUUAUUAAUAACAUACUUUUUAUUGAGAUUUCCAUUUGUUUUCUGCAGUUAUAAAGUAAUGUUAUUAUUCUAUAAACAAUCCCCCUUUUAAGUUGCCAAAGAACGAACAUUGGGGCACCUGGCAAAAAGAUACUUGCUAUUUGAAGUGCUUUUCAUAUACAAUGUAUAUUUUUAUGGACUACACAUGGCACAUUUGGCUUUAUUUAAAUGUUUUUUAGAAGUUUUGCAUGCUUUUUAUACAGUCUCUCAUUGACCCAUUAAGGUUUAAAUCUUAAGAUCAACUAAAAUUUAAUUUACUCGACUGAUUUGGACAGUCCAUAUUUUAGCAUAUACAGCCAUGAUUGCUAAUCCAUACUUGCCACUUCUCUGGUCAUUUCAGAACAUUCUAGAAAGGAAAGCGUACAUUUAAUAUGGCUGUGCAGCGUUUUGGAUACGAAAAGGAAAAUGAUGCUUUGGAAUGUUGCAGGAAUGCUCAUGCUGGCCCUUGGCAACUUCUUGAAAGCGUGGUGUCUUUUCUUUGGUCAUACACCCAUCUUCGUUCCAGAUUAGCAUAAUCCCAGUUUAGCCUUGGGAAAGAGGCUUUAGUUAAAUGAGUUGUCAAGAGAUGAUUGAUACCCAAGCGCAGCACUGCGUUCCUUUCAAAUCCAAAGCACUGCACACCCAACAUAUUUAAUGCGUUUGACACAUAUGAAGACAGACUAAUUUUAAAAGAAUUUUAAUUUGUACAUGAACAAGGGCAAUGAUCAUACUUCCUUAACACCAUGCAUGGUUCCUUUUUUUUUAAAUAAGCAAUACUAUCAGUUUGCUGUGAACAAAAAGCAUGUAAUUAUUGUUAUCUUAAAAUGGAGAACUUCCAGAGGAUUUUGUUGUUAAGAGAAAAAUGUAUGUUUACUGUAAGAUACCAGAAACAUCUGUAUGCUUGGGUUGAAGGCAUAUUAUACCAAUAUCUGAUAAAGAAAUAAAACUACAAAAAUGGAAAA